CGACAACCUUUUUUCCCUCUUGCUCUCCACUGCCGACAGUUUUUUUCCUGUGCCGUUGUUGCUGGUGUUGUCACAUUUCGCUUCAUCAACAAUGGACACUACUUCUAACGGUCUCACUGUAAAUGCACUGACGGAGUACUCUUCAAACGUCCACGAAAAAGGAAGUGGGAGGAAUAGUCCAGUUUCAUUCGUUCCUUUGGGUUUUAAACAUGAAGAUGGGAACCCAGAUUACUUACGUUUGAUUCUUACAUCGAGAGUUUACGAUGUUGUCAAAGAGACUCCCGUUACGCCUGCUACGAAUACCAGUGCUGCGCUGGGGUGUAGGGUUAUUCUCAAACGGGAGGAUUUGCAGCCAGUAUUCAGCUUUAAGCUUCGCGGAGCUUAUAAUAAGAUGGCUCAUCUACCAGCCGAGGAGAGAUGGAAGGGUGUUAUUGCUUGCUCUGCUGGAAACCAUGCACAAGGCGUCGCCUACGCUGCUAAACACCUCGGUAUUCCUGCCACCAUAGUUAUGCCUACCGCGACACCAGACAUUAAGCACCAGAAUAGCCUGGAAGUGAAGUACGGACUCACCAAUGUUGCGCCGUUCGACGACCCGUACGUGAUUGCUGGGCAGGGGACUAUCGGUAUGGAGUUGUUGCGUCAGUGCAAUCUCGAGAACCUCAAGGCGGUUUUCUGCUGUGUUGGUGGUGGCGGGCUUAUUGCUGGUGUGGGUGUCUAUAUCAAGAGGUUGGCGCCACAUGUUAAGGUAAUCGGUGUUGAGACUCUUGAUGCGAACGCUAUGGUCGCCUCGCUAAGGGCUGGUGAGAGGAUUACCUUGAAAGAGGUGGGGUUGUUUGCAGAUGGAGCUGCGGUGAAGGUUGUGGGGAGGGAGACCUUUAGGAUUUGUAAGGAGUGUGUUGAUGAGAUCAUCGAGAUCUCCACUGAUGAGAUUUGCGCUGCUAUUAAGGAUGUGUUUGUUGAUACCCGCUCGAUCGUAGAACCGGCUGGCGCUCUUGCAUUGGCUGGAUUAAAGAAAUAUGUCACUGUCAACCGCCCGACUGAUGAGAAUGAUACAUUCUGUGCUAUUUUGUCUGGGGCUAAUAUGGACUUUGAUCGCCUCCGCUUUGUGGCCGAGAGAGCAAGACUUGGAGAAGGCAAGGAGGUUUUGCUAUCCAUUGUGAUCCCUGAGAAGCCGAAAUCCUUUCUCGAGAUGAUGCAUUGCGUCCUUCCUCGCUCAGUUACCGAGUUCUCCUACCGUUUUGGAGAUUCCAAAUCGGCGUCCAUUUUCAUGUCUAUUAUUGUUCAGGACCGUGCCUCUGAGAUUCCCAGCGUAUUGGGCCUUCUUAGAGAGAAGGGCUGUUAUGCUGAGGAUAUCAGCGAUAACGAGAUAGCGAAGUCGCAUGUUCGGUAUCUUAUUGGUGGGAGAUUGCCUGAUGGGUGUGAUUCCGAGGAGAGGAUAUAUAGGUUUGAGUUCCCUGAGCGCCCCGGCGCCCUCGAGAAGUUUCUAAGGUCUUUACAUCCCGACUUUAAUAUCUCCCUCUUCCAUUACAGGAACCAAGGUGGAGAUAUUGGAAGGGUUCUUGCAGGAAUCCAAGUCCCAUCUGGCAAACGCGAGGACUUGGAAACCUUCCUCUUUAACCUCAAAUACCCUUUCGUCGACGAGACUGAGAAUUCGGUAUACAAAAAGUUCAUGAGACCCAUUGCUGAAAAGUUGGAUGGCGUUAGUUUAUAGAUAGAUGUUUUUGGGUUGUCAUUUCUGUUUUCCAUAUUUACGGUAGAAGAUUUUAUAGGGAUGGACUGGGUAAAUCCCAGAAAGAUAUCUAUCCUUCGUG